UUCUUCCUCCCCGGGUUUAGGGUUUUAGCGGCGGCACAAACAGAGACAGAGCCAGACAGAGGCAGAGGCAGAGGCAGAGACAAGAGAGAGAUGCUGUACAUCAUAGGCCUGGGACUGGGCGACGAGAAGGACGUCACCAUCAAAGGCCUCGAGGCCAUCCGAAGAUGCGACAAGGUCUACAUGGAGGCCUACACUUCCCUCCUCUCCUUCGGUCUCUCCUCCCACGGCCUCUCCAAUCUGGAGAAGCUGUACGGGAAGCCAAUCACCGUUGCGGACAGGGAGAUGGUGGAGGAAAAGGCCGACGGGAUAUUGGCGGAGGCUCGUUCCGGCGACGUGGCUUUUCUUGUCGUCGGCGAUCCUUUUGGGGCUACGACGCACACUGAUCUUGUUGUUCGAGCAAAGACGUUGGGGAUAGAUGUCAAGGUUGUUCACAAUGCUUCGGUGAUGAAUGCCGUGGGAGUAUGUGGUUUGCAACUUUAUCGCUAUGGAGAAACAGUUUCACUGCCAUUCUUUACUGAAACAUGGAAACCUGAUAGCUUUUAUGAAAAGAUUCAAAAGAAUCGUAUGCUUGGUUUGCAUACACUCUGCUUGUUAGACAUACGUGUGAAGGAGCCAUCUCUGGAAUCUUUGUGCAGAGGAAAAAAGGUAUAUGAACCACCCAGAUAUAUGACGAUAAACACGGCAAUUGAACAACUCUUGGAGGUUGAGAGCCUGCAAGGGCAAGAUGUUUAUAAUGAGGAUACCCAUUGUGUGGGGCUUGCGCGGUUAGGAAGUGAGGAUCAGAUGAUAGUAGCAGGAUCCAUGAGACAACUACGCACAGUCGACUUUGGAGCACCUCUUCAUUGCCUUGUCAUUGUUGGAAGCAUGCAUCCUUUGGAAGAAGAGAUGCUGGAGUUUUACAAACUCGGGAAGACCUCAGAAGCCUAAAGAAAAUGGGCAGCACAUUAGCAUCUCUCAUGUCAAUGUGAUGCUGUUUGGAUAUUCUGGUCAUUAACAGCAGAUUAAUGAGUUUGUUCCUAGUGGAACCAGUGCGAUCCUGCGUACCGGGAAGCAAUUGAAGCAGUCGACGUCGUAGCCUCUUGUAACUCCCCAAGGUCACCGAGGGACAAGCGAAACCUGUUAUAUCCUGGAAGAAUACCCUGGAAUUCCUGCAUGAGCUCUAUUCGGUUUGGUGGCGCGGAAGUGCUUUUGCCCAUUUCCAAACGGGUCUCUUUAAUUUGUUACGGAAUUGAAUUAUUGGAGAUGAGUCCAUCAACGAAGGUACUCCUCUUUCGAUUUCUUGUGCUUUAAGAAGGUUCCUCAUUUUGUUGUACCUUGGAUUUGGUUUUGUUUGUUUGUGUUUUGAGAACAAUCGGGGGCGGUGCUGACUAGCCCAACACUAUAGUGGAAAUGUCACUGUCCUGAUCGCAGCCCUUCGCCAAAGAGCUGGUGCAUGGGGGAGAUGUCAUUAGCGGUCCCCUAAAUUUUUAUUAUUUUGAUAAAGCAGUAGCUGGAA